UUCCUUUUCUUGCUUCAGUUGUACUAGCAAGCGUUCUCUCUUUCUCUGGACCUGCUUAAAGAAAACUUUACAAGGGACGGGAAAGGGAGAGAAUCAUUCACCAACUAAUUACUUUCUAGAAAUCUUUCUGAGGAAUCUUCAAGUUUAUCCCUCUUCAUUCUUUACCCUUUACAUUCUUUCAUGUCCUCAUUAUUCUUUUAGUUUGGUCAUGGACAGUUUCGUAGACAACCCUCAACCAUUCUCUCGUUUCUUAAUCCAAGGAACCGAGUUGCACGAUAUUUCUGAUAGAAAGAAAGAAAGAUGGAAGAUUCAUUUCUAUGCUCAUUUUUUGCUGUUGUUUCUACUGCUACUGAUCUGUUCCUUUCAACCAGCUUCUAGUCAGGCAUGGGAUGGUAUAAUUAUCACCCAAGCAGACUACGAAGCAUUGCAAGCAUUCAAACAUGAAUUGGUUGAUCCUAAAGGGUUCCUGAGAAGCUGGAACGACAGUGGUAUUGGAGCUUGUUCCGGUGGUUGGGUCGGGAUUAAAUGUGCUCGGGGACUGGUAAUUGUAAUCCAGCUUCCCUGGAAAGGUCUAGGUGGUCGAGUAACUGAAAAAAUUGGGCAGCUUCAAGCUCUCAGAAAGCUUAGCCUCCACGAUAAUGCAAUUGGUGGUGCAAUUCCUUCCUCGUUGGGCCUUCUGCCUAACCUCAGAGGUGUUCAAUUAUUCAAUAAUCGGUUUUCUGGUUCAAUCCCACCUACACUUGGUUUGAGUCCCCUUCUUCAAUCACUAGAUUUCAGUAACAACUCCCUCUCUGGAACUAUUCCAGAUACUCUUGCCAAUUCAACCAGGCUCUUUAGGCUUAAUUUUAGCUACAACUCUUUGUCUGGUUCAAUUCCCGCCAGCCUUACUCAAUCGCAAUCGCUGAUUUUUCUUGCUCUAGAGCACAACAAUCUCUCUGGUUCCAUUCCCGACUCUUGGGGUGGAAAUGUGAAGGCCCUCCAUCAACUUCAGUCCCUAACACUUGGUCACAAUUCAUUUUCUGGGACAAUUCCAGCUUCUCUUGGCAACUUAAGUGAGCUCCAAGAGAUUUCACUCAGUCAUAACAACAUGGCUGGAUUGAUACCCAAUGAAAUUGGAAGACUAUCUAGGCUUAGAACACUUGAUUUCUCAUAUAAUGCACUCAAUGGCAGCUUACCUGCCGCUCUUUCCAAUUUAUCAAACCUUGUAGUUUUGAACUUGGAAAGCAACCAUCUUGACCACCAAAUUCCUGCAGCUGUAAACAAACUACAGAAACUAUCUGUUCUCGACUUGAGAAAUAACCAAUUUGCUGGUCCUAUUCCAGCAACAGUUGGGAACAUUUCUUUCCUGACACAAGUUGAUUUAUCUCAAAACAAGUUUAGCGGAGAGAUUCCAGCAUCUAUAGGUGAUUUACCUAAUCUUAGUUCCUUUAAUGUGUCUUACAACAAUCUGUCCGGUCCUGUUCCAACUAAGCUUGCUCAAAAGUUCAAUGCAAGCGCCUUCGUGGGCAAUCUUGAGCUAUGCGGAUACAGUGCAUUAACCCAAUGUCGAAUACCACCCUCUCCGGGCCCAUCAAUUCCACCAGAAUCUCCAGCAAAGAAACAUCAUAGACUGAGCACCAAAGACAUUAUUCUCAUCGCAGCUGGGGCUCUCCUCAUCGUUCUGCUUGUCCUUUGCUGCAUUUUGAUAUGCUUGCUGAUCAGGAGGAAAGCUGCUACGAAAUCCAAGGAUGGUCAGGUUGCAGGAAGGGCGGCUGCUGCUGGUACCAGGGCCGGAGAAAAAGGCGCUCCUCCAACUGCAGGUGAAGUUGAAGCAGCUGGAGAAGCAGGAGGAAAGCUUGUCCACUUUGAUGGACCCAUGGUUUUUACAGCAGACGAUCUGUUGUGUGCCACAGCAGAGAUCAUGGGUAAGAGCACUUAUGGAACAGUAUAUAAGGCAACACUGGAGGAUGGCACUGUUGCUGCAGUGAAGAGAUUGAGAGAGAAGAUUACUAAAGGACAAAGGGAAUUUGAAACUGAGGUUAAUAUACUGGGGAAGAUCAGGCAUCCAAACCUUUUAGCGAUGAGGGCUUAUUAUUUUGGUCCGAAAGGUGAAAAGCUUCUCGUAUUCGAUUACAUGCCUAAAGGAAGUCUGGCAACCUUCCUUCAUGCUCGAGGACCCGAUACGCCUAUUGAUUGGCUAGCAAGAAUGAGAAUAGCAAAAGGCAUGACGAGGGGAUUGCUCUAUCUUCACACCCAGGCGAACAUUAUUCAUGGGAAUCUUACAUCAAGCAAUGUUUUGCUUGAUGAAAACGCAAAUGCAAAAAUUUCAGAUUAUGGACUUUCACGUCUGAUGACACCGGCUGCAAAUGCAAAUGUGAUUGCAACUGCAGGAGCGCUAGGCUAUCGAGCUCCUGAACUUUCGAAGCUCAAGAAAGCAAACGCAAAGACGGAUGUUUACAGCCUUGGCGUAAUCAUGUUGGAACUUCUGACUGGAAAAUCUCCAGGAGAGGCGAUGAAUGGUGUUGAUUUGCCUCAGUGGGUCGCUUCAAUUGUGAAAGAGGAGUGGACCAAUGAAGUUUUUGAUUUGGAACUGAUGAACGAUGCUUCCACAAUUGGUGAUGAGCUACUGAAUACAUUGAAACUGGCUUUGCACUGUGUUGAUCCCUCGCCAUCAGCUCGACCUGAAGUUCAGCAAGUUCUGCAGCAGCUGGAAGAGAUCAGACCGGAGACUGCCGCUGCUAGUCCCGGGGAUGAUGCUGGUGCAGCCCCCUCCUCAGCAAAUGAUUAAAUAUCAUCCAGGAUUUUGGUUAAGUUUUUUUUUUUUUUUUUGGGUUCACUAUUCUUUCAUUCUUGGAUUUAUAAUUUGGUGUGGGAUUGGGUAGUUUGUCUAAUGGCUAUUUCUGUAAAUAGGGAAAUGGGCUACUUUCUUUGAUGCGGAUUCAGCGUGUGUACGCUUUGGAAU